AUGAGUUCCAUCAGACAAGCAGCAGAGACCGUCCGGUCAAGGACCUCAGACGUCAUGAACUCCGUUAAGAGAAGUGAGACGGCUGCCAAGGCAUCUGAUAUCAUCCAUACUCCAUACAUGAAAGCUGCUCUGCCCUUCAUCAAUGGAGGCAUCAGCGGAAUGGUAGCCACUACCGUGAUCCAGCCGGUCGACAUGGUAAAGGUCCGCAUUCAGCUUGCCGGUGAAGGCACCACUGGAGGCCCAAAGCCAACUGCGUUAUCUGUCACUCGACAGAUUAUCUCUAGUGGAAAGGCUCUCGACCUGUACACUGGUCUCUCAGCUGGUCUCCUUCGACAAGCUGUAUACACAACCGCUCGACUUGGCUUCUUCGACACUUUCAUGGCAAGACUAUCAGAACGGGCAAAGGCUCAGUAUCGAAGUGUUGGCUUCGCAGAUCGCGCAACUGCUGGUUUGGCAGCUGGUGGUUUGGCAGCCAUGCUUGGUAACCCGGCCGACCUGGCUCUUAUUCGAAUGCAAAGCGAUGGUCUAAAACCCAUUGCAGAGCGCAAGAACUACAAGUCAGUUGUAGAUGCUCUGGGAUCGAUCGCCAAGGGUGAGGGUAUCGCUGCUCUCUGGGCUGGCGCCGCACCAACUGUGGUUCGUGCCAUGGCUCUCAACUUUGGCCAGCUCGCUUUCUUCAGCGAAGCCAAGGCCCAGAUGAAGAAGAACACGGAUUUGUCUGCUCGAGCCCAAACCCUUAGCGCCAGUGCUAUUGCGGGCUUUUUCGCCAGUUUCUUCAGUCUUCCUUUCGACUUUGUCAAGACGAGAUUGCAGAAGCAGUCAAAGGGCCCCGAUGGCAAGCUUCCGUAUAAGAGCAUGGCCGACUGCUUCACCAAGGUAGCCAAACAGGAGGGCGUCUUGAGAUUUUACCGAGGAUUCGGAACGUACUAUGUCCGCAUUGCCCCUCAUGCUAUGGUAACUCUCAUCGUUGCUGAUUAUUUGGGCUGGUUGACAAAAUAA